AGCUGAGAAAACUGAAGUCCUCAGUGAUGACCUGCUACAGAUCGAGCGGCGUCUUGACAACGUGAGAUCCGUUUGCCACAAUUCCUGUAAGCGGCUGGUGUUGUGUUUGCAAGGACAGUAUGGAACUGAGGCUGAAAAGAGACACAAGAAGCUUCCCCUCACGACGUUUGCUCAGAACAUGCAGGAAGGCGCCCAGCAGCUCAGUGAGGAAACGCUUCUGGGGAAAAUGCUGGAGGCUUGUGGAGAAGCAGAGAAUAAACUUGCAAUGGAACUCUCUCACCACGAGAUGCAGGUUGAAAGGGAUGUUUUGGAACCACUGAAUCAACUCAGCGAGAUGGAAAUCCCCAAUAUUCAGAAACAGAGGAAGCAGCUUGCUAAGCUAGUCCUAGACUGGGAUUCUGCAAGAGCUCGGUGGAACCAGGCCCACAAAACCUCAGCUACUAACUUCCAAGGGCUCCCAUCUAAAAUAGAUUCCCUCAAGGAGGAGAUGGAUGAAGCUGGAAAUAAAGUAGAGCAAUGCAAGGACCAACUUGCUGCAGAUAUGUAUAAUUUCAUUUCCAAAGAAGGUGACUAUGCAAGACACUUUGUCUCGUUAUUAGAAGCCCAAGCAGAUUACCAUAGAAAAGCAUUAGCAGUCUUAGAAAAGGUGCUCCCUGAAAUCCAGGCCCAUCAAGACAAAUGGACUGAAAAACCAGCUUUCGGGACUCCCCUGGAGGAGCACCUCAAGCGUAGUGGCCGAGAAAUUGCCGUCCCCAUCGAGGCCUGUGUGAUGAUGCUCUUGGAAACAGGCAUGAAGGAGGAGGGCUUAUUCCGCAUUGCUGCUGGAGCCUCCAAGUUAAAGAAGCUGAAGGCAGCGCUGGACUGCUCCUCCUCGCACCUGGAUGAGUUUUACUCAGACCCUCAUGCUGUGGCCGGGGCCCUGAAGUCCUACCUGAGGGAGCUGCCGGAGCCACUGAUGACCUAUGCCCUGUAUGAAGAGUGGACCCAGGUUGCAAAGUAUUUAAUCAAAUUCCUUGCAAAACUCGCACAGUAUAGUGACAUUAACAAGAUGACUCCUAGCAACAUUGCCAUUGUGCUGGGCCCAAAUUUGUUGUGGGCCAAGAAUGAAGGCUCUCUUGCAGAAAUGGCAGCAGCAACUUCAGUCCACGUGGUUGCCGUUGUUGAACCCAUCAUCCAGCACGCUACCUGGUUCUUUCCUGAAGAGCUGGACUUCAAUGUGUCCGGGGCAUUUGUGGGGCAGCCAGCUGUGAACUCCAACCACCUUCCUGCAGGGAGUGACUAUGAUUCAGGGACCCUGGAGCGGAAGAGGCCGGUCAGCAUGGCUGUGAUGGAAGGGGAGCUCUUGAGAAAGGAAAGCUCUUCCAAGCCAAAGGAUUUGGUGCCCUCAACCACACCGCCACCCCCCAGAAAUGGUGGAGCCUCUCAGCCUCUCAGCAGCGCCAGCCAGUACUCAGUUGGACAGCCCCAGAGCACUGCCGGGCCCAGCCCACAUGCCCUCAGGCGAGCCGUCAAAAAACCUGCACCAGCCCCUCCAAAACCAGCAAACCCACCUCCGGGACAGCCAGGGACCCUGAAUCCCACUCCAGCCCCCAAACCCCCCCCAAGAAGCCCUUCUCCUCCCAGCCAGCAAUCAAACCAAGGGGGCGCUCAGCCUUCUGCUGCCCUGCCCCAGAUUUCUGCCCCCCGGCGAUACUCAAGCAGCCUCUCCCCGAUACAAGCUCCCAACCACCCACCCCCCCAGCCCCCCACGCAGUCCGUAACACCACCUCCACAGACCAAGGCUAGUAGUUUUGGACCCUCCCCGCCAGGCGCAGAGGGCGGGUCAGAGCCGCUGUCAUCCACCCCUCCACAUACCCCCACCCCACCUGACACGCCCCCCCUGGAGAAGCAUAGCACCACCUGCCCAUCCGCCCAGCCUUCAGCCCAAGACAUUCCACCGGCUCAGUCGCCUCCUCCGUCUGGCACGCUACCAAGGCCCCGGCCAGUGCCCAGACCUCGCAACCGUCCCACAGUGCCCCCUCCGCCUCACCCUCCUGGUCCUCAUCUGUCUGCAAAUGGUUCUCUGCUGGGCCCUCCAGCAACAGCAUCCCACAUCGUGACUGAUACCAGUUCCGAAGUUAAAGAGCAAUCACGGGGCAUCCCUGGCAUGGAACUUCCUGCCACAGAAUUGGUGACUUCGCCGAAUCAGAAUUCACACAACCACCUUGUGCUUGAUCUCGAUCAUGAUACUGAAAGCACUGCUUUGUAAAAAAGAAUAAAAUCACUCCAAAGCAGCCUUUUCUAUCCCAAUGAAAACUUAACCAGUCCAGGAUUUACAGUGAGGAGCUUUAAAACAAAGAAGAAGACAAAGUAGGAAUCGUACCACUGCUGGCCUCAUGUCUUCUGAGAAGACACGUGAUCUUUAAAAAGAGAGUUUAAUGACCUGUAUCCUGACAAAGCUGCCUAAGCUAACAUUGGGUGUUCUGGCUGUUGCUAAACCUUAUAUGAGAAGCUUGAUUGCUGCUGUUAACCAAGAUGGCCCUUGCCAGAAAUUUCCGAGAAGAAUCCAAAGCAAUGCAUGUGUAAUGGAAAUCAUAACCCUUUCAAGACCUCUGUUGAGCUCUUCUUCUUUGUCCUUAUCAAAGAGAGGUGUGCAAGAGACAUGCUAUCUCUGAUAUGCUGCAAACUUCGUUAAAAGUAUGAACCAAAAAAUUGCUACAAGUGCAGAAGAUGACUGCUGGUUAUCGGUCACUUUUCUAAACGGUGGAUGUAUUCUUGUGCCUUGAUGGACUUGACACUGUAGAAGGAAAUGUACUGUCUCUCUAACCAUUUCAGUGCUAUUCUUUUUUAAAAUAUGGUUCUUUACCCCUUUAUUUUUCAUAGAUAUUUGUAUUAACCCUUCUGCUCUGGUUUCUGUAACUUCCAUAGGCAGAUGCUGUCAAGCUGAACUCUGGAAAAUGUGUAUUGCUAUAAAUGAGUUGAACUUUGAAAGUUAUUUUGGAUAUCUUGUUGGGUUCAUCUGCCAAGUAAAAUUAUUCUCUUUUUUUGUCA